AUGCCUUUCACCUUCCGUUCUCUUGCCUUGCCAGCCAGAAUCUCAGCAGCUUUUAAAGCUUUGAAACCCAAGAAACGUCCUAACCCUUUCACUCGCCAUUCGUUCCGAGUUUUUAGAAAUGCCUCUUCGAAGUCAGGUUCGCGUCACAUCAUACCUACUCUCUUCGCUGCUCUUCCUAUGGCCCCCAGUUUAGGCCCUGAUAUCUCUGCACAAGUAUCCUCUACUGAGCCCGACGACGAAGCACGCACCAGCUUGCUUGAACCACGGCAUUCAGGAGACCCUAACGGUGGCUCUAGAGAGCCUAGGGUUACUAUAGGUGAAAAGAUCCUCGAGAGAUUUUGGCCCCCAGAAGAUGAGGACAAGGACGACAACGCGCCUGAGCACACGAAGGAAACGGCGCAACUAAGCUUUACACCUCUCUCUCCCCCACCAUCUCACAACCCCAAGCUGAUCAGUACCGAGAGCCUACAAAUACGAACCGAUACUGCCACUGCCCAGGACCCGUGGAAGUGCAGGUUGGCUGGAACUUAG